UUCACACGCUGCCUCGCUGUAUUGGCGGCGAGAGUGUUGCUUUUAGCAGUCAUAGUCUUUUGGGAACCCCUCAUAACGCUCCAUAAUAAUUACGUACUCAGUUCUUGUAAAAUAAAUUGACUGGGAUCGCUUCACUUUUUAGCGGAAGUAGAACAGGUUGACGUCGAACGCCCCCUUUUAUGUGAAUGCGCACGUUGCACAAAGCCGAAAACCGGACUUGACAAAGUAAGCUGAUAACCACCGUCACGGGACCAAUUAAAUCUGAUUGCGGAUGUUGGGUUUUUGGCGAGUUGCAUCUUGAGCACAAUGCCUGUGUUUGUGGAGCCACUUUUGCCGUAUACCCCCGAAAAGGUGUGCGUUUUAUUUGGAAAACGAAACUAAUUGCUAAUAUUUAUUGUAACAAAUAAUGACAAACAUGAUCCAGAGUGUAUGGUUUUAUUUACCGACAAACACUGACAUUAAGGAAAGAGAGACAAGAUAGUACUUUCACCCAAGGCAUAUAUCAAUCUGUCUAUGAUAAUGAAGAUGUUUGUCAUUGAAAUGUUUAUGUAAAUAUAUUUAACGUGCAAAUCUGUAAGAUCUGCAUUUUCCUUCAAAAUGAAAUGCCAUUGACAUCAUUUCAUCAUCAUCGCUUUGGCCCUCUUCCAAAACUUUGGUUCCGAUACCUGAUUGGACUGAGAAAAGUUAAACAAAAGGCAGAUAAAAUUGAAGAAGUAAAAGAAACACUUUUUAUACUUAGUAACAUUAAAGUGAAUGAUUUGUCAUUUUUGUGUCGUUGAAAUUAGAGGAGAAACAUAUGGAACAUAUAACUAGGAACUCGUGUUUGUCCCGUUGGAAUUUAAGAGUGACACAAGCGAGUAGUAGUGAACUUCAUGUUGUUGUUGUUGAUGUUGCUGCUGCUGCUGCUGCUGUUGUCCCUGUCGUUGUCGUUAUUUACUGCUGCAGCAGCUGUUUUGUCCUUUUUUCCCCUCCCACUGAAAUUGUGGGGCUGGGGAGAGGAGUUCCCCACACAGGUGACCCGCAUGAGUGGAUUGUUUACGGGGCGACGCUGUUUCUGACCAUUUAGAGCAAGGCUAGCUAGCUGGCUCCUAGCUUUGCAAGCGAUGGAGUGGCGGAGCAACAGCGACGGACAGUCCGACAGUGAGCCCCUUUGGACGGCGGCAGGCUGUGACCCCAUCCAGCAGACACCAGCAUCAUCAUGUGACUGCGCCAUGGCAUCCCUCUGCCAGAGCCAGCAGCGCUGUGUGAAGACCUCCAUCGUGUCCAGCUGGAUGCUGGCCGAAGCCCAGGACCGCCUGUGCUCUUUGAGGGUCCACUGCUCCGAGUCCCUGGAGCAGGAGCGCGCCCGAACUCAGGCCUGUCCCACAGAGCUGACACACACUGAGGAAGAGUGGCGGCGCAAGGAGAGCAUGCUGGGAGGAGGGCAGCAGCCGGGCCGCGGACCCGUGCUUGGCGCCGUCGGGAGUUGGGACGUUUUUGAUAAGAGUAUCAUCAAUGUCCAAAAUCAACCCGCAGAAGUGGAUCAGUGCAAGACGUUAGUGCAAAAGUAUGAACAAGAGCUCAGGCACUUUGGUAUGUUGCGACGAUGGGACGACAGUCAGCGAUUCCUAGCCGAGAAGCCUCAGCUCAUCUGUGACGAGACGGCCGACUACCUAUUUUUAUGGUGCAUCCGUCUCCAGCAGGAAGGGAAAGAAGCGCUGAUGGAGCAGGUGGCGCAUCAAGCUGUCGCCAUGCAGUUCAUCCUGGAGAUGGCGUCAAACUCUGGGCAGGACCCGAGAGGCUGCUUCAGGCAGUUCUUCCAAAAAGCCAAAGAAGGACAAGAAGUCUACUUGGAAGUCUUCCACACCGAGCUUGAGGCCUUGAAACACAGAGUGAGGGAACACGUGGCCAGGUGCAAAAGUGUCACCUGCAGCAACCCACAGCAGCCCAGCAACGGCACAAACUGCAGGCUCGACCCCAAAGAAACGCACAGCUCUUCACCCCAAGUGGCGGAGUUCCCCAGUAAGCGUAGCAUAGAAGCAGGACUGUGGAUGAACACGGGGCGGUGGAUAAAGGAUGACUGCACAGAAAGCGAUGAUAUACGCAUGAUGGAGACCUCCUAGGACACUCGCCUUUCUUCCUCACCAUUUAGGAACAAUCCUUGUGGAGCACAGCAGGAAUGAAUGGAAGCACUGCUGGCCUUUAUUGAUGUCUCUUAUGCAGCCCUCCAUCAUCAUCAUCAUCAGGCUGCCACGAUGAUGAGCAACAGGUGGUGAGUGCAAGCUUAAAUGCUGACUUGUGUCCUCUUUAACGCUGACAAUGACAAUCCUUUUAAAGCCUCAUCAGUCACUAUUUCAUGGGACGUCCUACACAGCACAAAACUGCACAAGACUAGCGGUAAUAUCCAACCAAAAGGUUUUUUUCAUAUUAUGGUGUUUUAUUAUGUUAACAAUUAAGAUUCACUUACAACAUAAGUGACCAUUGAAGGUGCAGCUUGCAUACCACAUAACAUACAACAUGGACCUACUGGCGGUUGCCUAAUUAUAUAGCAGCAGUUUGUUUACUCAACUGCAGAGGGUACCAGGCAUCGACAUAUUAAGGGUAAGGAGUUUGCUGCAUUGAAUGACUUCAUUUGUAAAAAGUAAAGCUUUUUUGUCAUAAUUCCACCACUAUUUUGGCGAUAUUUAAAAUAAUUAGUAUACAAUACCUGCUCGCCACUUGACAUUUGUGGCAUCAUCCUAUAAUGUUUUUUUCAAAAAUAUAUGAAUACAUCAUCACUGUUUCGUAGUUGCAUGUGAUUGUAAUAUUAUUAGUAAAUAAAUGCAUAUUUAAUCAAAUGUUAAGUAUUUUUGGCCCUAAAUGAAGCAUUUUUGAGCAAAAAAAUGGCUAACUGAAGUUAAAAACAAAUAAGACAUUCAGAAGACUCAUUCAAAGGCAUUGUGAGGAUAUGUAGUAUUCUACACUGGUCACUAGGUGUCAGUAAUGUUCCAUUGAUGAGACAAUGAACACAAGAAGUACUGAGAAAAAGAACAACAAGGAACUCUCAGUGCUAACAUGGAUGAGUCUAUUAUUAGUCUUACUUUCUCUUAGGGCCCUGUCACACCUUGACGAUUUAGGCAGCGCAUGCCUGACGUGAUCAUAUUGAUGGCAUACGUUGAACUGCCGACGUUUUUUUUUUUUGCAAUUUUGGGCGAAUACGUAGCGUAUUCAUAAUGAGUUUGACAUAAACAUGACGUAUUAGUAACUUAUAUAGAACAGUUCUCUAACGUGUAGACAACUUAUAUCAACGAAUGCGUAGCGUGUUGCCGGCAUUCACAACUUAUGCCCAAUGCCCAACGCCUGUCUCACCUUGACGAUUUAGCCAGCGUACGCCAACGUAUGAAAAAUUUGGCCAAUACGCUGGCGUACGUUGUAGUACGUCUAAGUCGUUCAAAAAUUUUGUGCAUGCAUAAAACUUUUUGACGU